CGCCAUGUUCAGAAUACCCAUCACAAAGAUGGCGGCCGCUCCGUGUGUGGCGUAGUUGCGUGUGCGCGACGUCCGAGCUCGUCCCGGAAGCGGCGGGGCGCCGGCUGGGGAGGGGAAGGCAGCUGGAGCUGGAGGCGCCCGGCUAGAGCCCCCCCCCCCGGGCGUCUUAUGAGGACCCGAAAGCUUGCAGAUGGAGUGCCAUAUUCAACACGCCAGAAGGCUGGGAACAACGCAGCAGCCCAGGCUUCAUCUCAUCAAGAGGUUGAUCUUUGCAAAUCUACUAAAACAGUGUGUCUGGCUUCUUCACACAAAGCAACUGACAGACGCCCUUCAAAGAGGCUAAAAUGUGAAAAAAACAGUCUAGUGAAACUGGAGUUACAAGAACUUAUAUCUGGAAAUGGAAGUGUUCCUCUUCUGAAAGAACCAACGGAAACAUCUGAUGAGGAUCAACAUUUGGGAAAUUCAGUUGACCCCAAUAUGAAGCCUUUACAGAGUAAAAGCAAAAGUGCUCCAAAGAUUAAUGAAGGGAUACAGGGGAAUGAUGAUGAUGUUUCCAUAAAACCAUCUGCACUGAAGGGAAAUAGCUGUCCACCAAAGAAAGAGGAAGAUGAAACUUUCCUGCAAAACCAUAUCCCAAAUGUGGAAGAGGAGAGCAGCUGUGGAACUGCAUUUUCAGAUGAGUCUGGGCUGGAGACCGUGGAUCUCCAGAAGAAACCAAUACAAUUGGAUAAUAGUGCUUUCUUAGAUGAGGACAGUAACCAGCCAAUGCCAGUGGACCGAUUCUUUGGAAACAUGGAGUUCAUGCAGGACCUCCCAGCAGCUGCAGUCACGUGCACCACAAUGAGCAGGCGGGAAUUUAGAAAGCUGCACUUCAUUGCAAAGGAAGACGAUGACGACGAUGAUGCACUUUAAGCACAGAAUGCAAAAAAGAACUUUUUUAAAGUUGUUAAAUUGUUUAUUUUUCUACAAGUCUGUUAAAAUAAUUAGUGAUCCUAUUUAUAAUUAGCUAUCUUAUCCAUCACAUUUCACUGGCAUGACAUCUUUCUGCAAGUGCCUUUCCUAGAGAGAAACUGUCUAUUUCCAUAGGAAUCCUAGACAAAACCCCAAAGUUGAGUGUGGAAGAGAGUGCCUUUACUAGUGAAUGUGGAAGUAUGAAGUCUGCAGGAUUUAGAAGCCACAGCUACUGAUUUAACAGAAUUAAACAAUUUAACAGAAUUAAAGGACUGAUUGCUUUAAUAAACUAAGCAAUUUUACUUUAUCUCUUUGUUGUGAAGAGGAACAGCUAACAAGAGCAUUAUGUAAAUUUGAGCGCAUACAACACAGGUCGCCGUGGGGCUAACAGUUAUUUUCUUAAAAAGCAGAAAAAUCUUAAAAGCAAAAUGCGACUAACACAUUUGUGUUGUUUUUGUAUUUUGUUCUUCAUAGGUGCCUAGUAAGUAAACUGCUGGUACCCAAUACCUAAGAGGGAGUCUAUCCUGUAUUUCUUAUGUUUAGUGUUAUACCAUUUGUUCACUUCUGAAACUAAUCAAUUCUACUUACAAACCUUUAAAUUGCAGUUCUGUUGGGAAAACUGGCCCUGUACAAAUGUCAGUGUGGGUUCUAUGAUUUGUCUCCAAAUGACCAGAUGUGCUUAUUUUACAAACAAGUAUGGGAGCUUUACUCUCUGCCUGUUCAACAAACUCCACCUGCCAUCUGAGAUAUUAGCUGGGUUUUCUUUCUUUCAUAUAUAUUACCAGCAGUAAAGAUACUGCAGAAUAAAUAUUGCCCUCACUUAUACCUAGGUAACCUUGCUGUUUUCUCCGGUUGGUUUACACAGCUCUUACUGAUGAGAGCUCAGUAAAUAAUUCUGUUGAUGCUCAAGGAAUAAAAACGAAUCUCUGAGCUUUCUCCAACAGUUUAUUACUAGAUGAAUGGUGUUGGAAGUAUGGAAUAAGGUCGGUCUGCCUGAUUUUCCAAGGUUGUGGUGGUUUUGGGAAAUGAGCUGCUUCAAAUGACUUCAUGAAAAUUAUUAGUUCAUCUAACGUUGAUAACACUUAAUUGGAAGUGGUUAUUAGGCAAUAAGCUUCCAGAUCUAUAUUUUUUUGAAACUUUAAGUACUUGCUCUCUAUAUUUCUAGAAAAGUAGGAAAUCUAUCAGCAGAUGGCUUACAUAAAUAUUCCUUUCUACAGCUAUUGCCUAUUAAGCAUCCACAUAAAAGCUUAACAAAUUGUAUAGGGUAUGUUCAUUUCCUUAUUUUCAUUUCAUCUGAUAUGCUAUUGCUGUUAGCAAUGUCUUACUGCUUUUCUUCUUUUUUAAUGCAGUAAUAUAAAGGCAUUCAACUUUUUUUAAUAGUGUGGUUAUGAUUUUUAACAACUAAAUCUUGCUGUAAUCCCUAUACCUUUGUCCUUCAGGCUUUUGGGGAUUUAUUUGUGAACCACUGUCCCUCAUAAGUGUCUAUUCAGGUGGAAUAACAUUUAUUUUUAAUAGCAUCUUGAAGGGUGAUGUUAAGUUAUUUAGGGAACAUACUGUAUAGACCACAUUACAUUUGUCAGCAGGGCAAGAACAGGAUCUUCAUUUGUUAUGACAUCUCCAAAAAUCAUAUCCUGGAGUGAGUGUGUAGAUUUCUUAUUGACAGGUAUUAAAACAGUUACAAAUUAUUGUUCAAUUGUUUUGAUUGUGUAAAGAAGUAUAUGUUUAAAAAUUAACAGGGACAGGUACCUAUUGGGACUGCCCUAGCCCUGCUUUAAAAAUGCACCCGCUCAUUGUAUAGCAGCAAUGCUGAAUGCUUAUUUUCUGAGUUUGUUACUCACUUUAUUUUGUAUAUAGUAAAACUUCCCCACUUUGAACAAUAAGAUGGUACUUUUGUACUAAUAACCUAAUGCUACUUGGAGCAGCGUUUGUGGUGGAAGAGAGAGAGAGAAGAACAUGAAAAAAGAGACCUCUCUAGAGAGAAGAGAGGAAAUGCAUG